AUGCCCGGUACACCCGAAGCGAAGACGGUGUUCCUUAGAGCCCCGCAGUUCGCGGUCGUGGGCGCGUCCAAGGAUCAGACCAAGUACGGCACAAAGGUCUUACAAUGGUACCUAGCUCGAGACAAGACCGUGACUCCGGUCCAUCCUAAAGAGGAUGAGCUUGAGGGAGUCAAGGCGGUCCGCGCCCUGGCAGACCUCCCUGACCCAUCUCAUACCUCAGUCAGCAUCAUCACCAACCCAAAGAUCACCUUGGGCCUUCUCGAGCAGGCAAAGGCGCUGGAUAUUCCCUCCGUCUGGCUCCAGCCAGGCGCAGAAGACGAGACCGUCAUACAGUUCAUCAAGGAGAACGGCCUCGAGGACAGGGCCAUCUACGGCGGCCCGUGCGUCCUCGUAGAGGGUGACGGCAUCCUGAAGAGCGUGUUGUAA